AACUCACAAAAAUCAACAAUACCUAAUAGAGGUAAGUUAACACUGGUGUUGCAAUAUUGGUAAAGUCGAGACUCCACUAGUGCGCGACUCCACUGGCUCACAUACAUAUUUCUUCUAGUCCACUCGAUCUAGUAAGCAAUAACGUUUGUUGGGGAAAAUUAAAAUCUCUAAGUAAAUACACAUUGAAAAGAACCUUAAAAAAAGUGAUUAUAUUUUUAUUUAUCCUACAGGGGGAAUUGUACGUGCCGAUUGUUGAUGAAAGCAUGUCAAGAUUAGGUUGGACGACAGAAUCCUUGAACAUGACAGCCACAGAAGCACCAAUUAAGGCGCCCAAGGUGGAAUCAGCCAUCAAAGUAGUGUUAAGAACUAUGAAUCUAAACAAUACGAAUGAACAAGAAUGGCUGGCCUUCGAAACUGUACUUGGACCAAAACAUCAAUAUGAAAAUGAGUGCGUGGGAGUAAGCUGCAAUGCUGUGUGCAAGGCUUCAGGUUGUUUUGCUAUGUGCAUCGGCGAGCAAUGUUCAGCUAAGUGCGAAGGCCUCAACUGCGAGUCCAGGUGUUGGGGCAAGAAUUGUGAAGCAACUUGCAAAAUGCUGUCCUGCGCAUCCACGGUGAACGGUGGCUCGAGCAAGUUAAACAACGCAACCUGGAACGACUUGUACCCUCAAUACGACUACAGGUUCUCCAACCCCGAUGUUCCUGAUGUUAGGCAGCAAGGACAGGCAGGAGUACCACCAGAACAGCCAGAAUAUGAAGAAGAAUGA